AUGACCUCUAGGACGUCUUUUCAGAAUGCAGCAGCAUCCGGCUCUAGUCCUAUCCCGUCUUCCUCUACCAUCCCAUCUCUUGCUGUCAUCGCCGACCCGCCGGUCCGCCAAAUGGACGGCGCAGCCAUGGACUACUUUCUCAUUGAGGCGGUUAACGCGCUGCGGGAGUCUUCCAUGGUGGCAGCAGCGCGUGCGAAGAAGGUGGAGCAGGAGAUGCUGGAGGCCGGCCUCAUUCCUGCUCCCACAGCAGUGCCCGCGACGCUCAAGGACGGGCAGCGCGACUCGGUCGGCAGUGCUUCGCGAGCCUCGAGUGUCAAACCCAGUGUCGAUGAAGAGGAAGAAGCGGUCAGGACGCGUUUGGAGGCGAUCGGCAUGCAUGUCGGCGCGAACAUUACGGAACGGCUAAGCCACGAUAGACCGCUUUUCGCGGACACGCUCGAUGCAGUCAAGUUCAUCUGCAAGGACCUCUGGGCAGCGUGUUGGGACAAGCAGGUCGACAAUCUGCGAACGAAUCAUCGAGGUAUCUAUGUCCUACAAGAUCAAGCCUUUAAGCCGAUCGCCCGAAUAUCGAGCUGGGAGGGGCGCGCCGAAGCUCUGAAGAAAGCGAAGCUGUAUGUCGCUAUGCCCGCAGGCAUAUUGCGAGGUGCUCUUAUAAGGCUUGGGUACCAAGCUGUCGUGGUGCCUGAAAUAGCGUCCCUGCCUCAAUGUAGCUUCCAGCUCCGGCUACCGAAAGGCCCAUAG